AGCCUAUCUCAGAUUUCCGCAAGCGGAAAUCGGAUCAGCUCGCCAUGCGGGCCAUUCGGGUGGCGCGGCCGGCCUUUAGGCUCCAUGGCAGUUUCCGGCAAGCCCCGCUCUUCCGACAGGCGCGGUGGAGUAGCGUGGACAUCAAGGUCACGGACUUCGGCGGAGAGAGCAUCACGGAGGGCACCAUCAUGGAGUGGCAGAAGAAGGUCGGGGACUUCUGUGCCAAAGACGACAUCUUGGCAGUGAUCGAGACUGACAAGGUGAGUAUUGAGGUCAAGGCCCCGGAGAACGGAGUCCUGGAGAAGAUUGUGGCGCAGGCGGACGAGACCGUGGAGAAGGAGCAGUUGUUGGCCACCUUCAAACCGGGAGGCUCCGAGUCGAUCGGAGGCGAGGCGCCUGCAAAGCCGGCGGCCGCGGCCGCCCCGGAGCCAACGCCCACUCCGGCCGCCGCCGCCCCGGCAGCGGCCGCCGCCCCGGCAGCGGCCGCCGCGCCAGCGGCGAAGGCGAAGGCGGCACCGGCGGCACCGGCGCCUGCGCCGGCGAAGAAGCCUUCCGGGAAGCCGGCGGCUCCAGUGGAGGGUUUCUGGAUGGCGCCCUGGCGCCGGCAGUUCUACCCCUGAAGCGGCGCUCCAGUCCCGAGACGCGAGAGAGAUCGGUGCGAGUGCUUGGAGCCGAAAAGGAGUUGGGGGGGGA